UUUUGCUGUCGUAAACCGCCCCCACCAAGACGCGACAUGUCGAAGCCCACCGUUUCCUUCAAGAUUACCCUGACUUCGGACCCGAAGCUGCCAUACAAAGUGCUGAAGGUUCCGGAGGACACUGCAUUCACGCACGUGCUGAAAUAUGUCGCAGAGGAGUUCCGUGUUCCUCCAGAGACCUCUGCCAUCAUCACCAACGAUGGCAUUGGCAUCAACCCAUCCCAAAGCGCAGGCAACGUGUUCCUGAAGCACGGCUCUGAACUUCGGCUCAUUCCCCGCGACCGUGUUGGCGGGAGCGCUUAGAUCGGUCGGAGAAGGCAGUAGUCAACAGCCAACACGUCUCCAUCCACCAACCAAGACCACACACCCAACCCUAUCAGGCCACACUCAAUACAUGCGUUCAUCCAUCCACGUGCCGAUGCAUGCAUGGACACGUGUCUUCUGUCCUCCCCCAAGUACACGGUCAUGCUCCCUUGCGCUUCUUCGUUGGGUUACUGCCGCCGCCUCCGCGCCUGUCAGUUGCGGACACGCACACAGUAAAGCACAGUUAACCACA